UUUAUCAAGUGCGAAUCCCUGCUCUCGGGAGGGGUUAUCAUCCGAGUUGUCCAGUCUGAAUGUACAAACAGCAAAUUUUUUUAAGUAUUUUUCAAAACACUGCAGGUGCAUUUGAUCUUCCGUAGUCCUAUCACACUGUAGAACUCCACCUAUUUCCGGGAAUCUGAAAUCACUCCUACAAGUAUUAUAAAUGUUCGCUCAAAUCUCACUUUUCAAACCCUCCAUAUAGCCGUGACUGUUUCUCUCCAAAUUUUUGACUCACUUCCAUUGUCUUUUACUUUUUUAUUUCUAUUUAACAAAUUUUCGGCGAGGGUUCCGGCGAGAAUGGGGGCGGCGCUGCUGUCAGAUCUGGGGACGGAGAUCGCGAUCCCGGUGUGCGCAGUUAUUGGUAUAGUGUUUUCGCUCGUGCAGUGGUUCCUUGUUUCGCGUGUGAAGGUCUCACCGGAACACGCCGAGUUGUCUCUGGGAAGCAAAAAUGGCAAGAAUGGAUACAACGAUCACUUGAUAGAGGAAGAGGAAGGCAUCAACGACCAUAACGUCGUCGCGAAGUGCGCCGACAUUCAGAACGCCAUAUCCGAGGGUGCAACAUCUUUCUUAUUUACGGAGUAUCAAUAUGUUGGUAUUUUCAUGGUUGCUUUUGCAAUUCUCAUCUUUUUGUUCCUGGGCUCUGUGAAGGGUUUCAGCACAAAGAACCAGCCUUGCACCUACGACAAGGAAAAAUUGUGCAAGCCUGCUCUUGCAACUGCUAUCUUCAGCACCGUAUCCUUUUUGCUUGGUGCUGUCACUUCAGUGCUUUCUGGAUUUCUUGGGAUGAAAAUUGCUACAUAUGCAAAUGCAAGAACUACAUUGGAAGCCAGAAAAGGUGUCGGGAAAGCUUUCAUUACUGCAUUCAGAUCUGGUGCAGUCAUGGGUUUUCUCCUCGCUGCAAAUGGUCUCUUGGUGCUAUACAUUACCAUCAAUCUCUUCAAGCUGUACUAUGGUGACGACUGGGAAGGCCUCUUCGAGGCAAUAACUGGCUAUGGUCUUGGUGGAUCUUCCAUGGCUCUUUUUGGGAGAGUGGGAGGAGGUAUUUACACCAAGGCUGCUGAUGUUGGUGCUGAUCUUGUUGGGAAGGUUGAAAGGAACAUUCCAGAAGAUGAUCCCAGGAAUCCUGCCGUGAUUGCUGACAAUGUUGGUGAUAAUGUUGGGGAUAUUGCUGGAAUGGGGUCUGAUCUUUUUGGUUCAUAUGCAGAAUCAUCAUGUGCUGCUCUCGUGGUGGCUUCAAUCUCUUCUUUUGGAUUGACUCAUGACUUCACUUCAAUGUGUUAUCCACUGCUUAUUAGUUCCAUGGGAAUCCUUGUUUGCUUAAUUACCACCCUUUUUGCUACUGACUUUUUUGAAAUCAAGGCUGUCAAGGAAAUUGAACCAGCAUUGAAAAAUCAGCUUAUUAUUUCCACCGUUCUUAUGACUGUGGGAGUAGCAAUUGUUACCUGGACUUGCCUGCCGUCAUCCUUUACAAUUUUCAAUUUUGGUGUUCAAAAGGUGGUGAAGAACUGGCAGCUGUUCUUGUGUGUGUGUGUCGGGCUUUGGGCUGGACUUAUUAUUGGUUUCGUGACUGAGUACUAUACCAGCAAUGCUUACAGCCCCGUGCAAGAUGUUGCUGAUUCCUGCAGAACUGGUGCUGCAACCAAUGUAAUAUUUGGCCUUGCACUGGGAUACAAAUCGGUCAUCAUUCCUAUUUUUGCCAUUGCAAUUAGUAUUUUUGUUAGUUUCACUUUUGCUGCCAUGUACGGGAUAGCGGUUGCUGCCCUCGGAAUGCUUAGCACAAUUGCCACUGGGUUGGCCAUUGAUGCUUAUGGUCCCAUCAGUGACAACGCUGGAGGAAUUGCUGAGAUGGCUGGAAUGAGCCACAGGAUUCGUGAGAGAACUGAUGCCCUUGAUGCUGCUGGGAAUACCACUGCUGCUAUUGGAAAGGGAUUUGCCAUUGGAUCUGCUGCACUUGUGUCGUUAGCGCUAUUCGGUGCCUUUGUGAGUCGGGCAGAAAUUACUACAGUUGACGUCUUGACUCCUAAAGUGUUCAUCGGGUUGAUAGUUGGUGCUAUGCUUCCCUACUGGUUCUCUGCCAUGACAAUGAAGAGUGUGGGCAGUGCAGCUUUGAAAAUGGUCGAGGAAGUUCGUAGGCAGUUCAACACUAUUCCUGGUCUGAUGGAGGGUCACACCAAGCCCGAUUAUGCUACCUGUGUGAAGAUCUCAACUGAUGCAUCCCUCAGGGAGAUGAUUCCUCCUGGUGCCCUUGUCAUGCUUACACCUCUAAUUGUCGGAAUCUUCUUUGGAGUUGAGACCUUGUCUGGAGUUCUUGCCGGUUCUCUUGUAUCUGGUGUACAAGUAGCAAUAUCUGCAUCGAACACUGGUGGUGCGUGGGACAAUGCCAAGAAGUAUAUUGAGGCUGGUGCUUCUGAGCAUGCAAGGACUCUUGGGCCGAAGGGAUCCGACCCACACAAAGCAGCUGUUAUUGGUGACACCAUUGGGGAUCCUCUCAAGGACACUUCGGGCCCUUCACUCAACAUUCUUAUAAAGCUCAUGGCAGUUGAGUCGCUUGUGUUCGCUCCCUUCUUUGCCACCCACGGUGGACUUCUUUUUAAGAUCUGAGGUACGAAAAUGCCCAGGGAAAUUAAGGGAAAGGACGUCAUUCUACUUCAGAAUAUCAUACAUUUGUCGUCUCACUACUCUUUUCUAUGUUUUAAGUUAGCUGGUAUCUGGAAUUUUAUUUUAGAUGAGCUGAUGAUGAUGAUGAUAAUUGUAAUGAUAAGUGCAAUGGUGUGGUGUGGUGUGAAUUGGCGAUCUUAUCAUAGGAUAGCUAAGUUCAAAUUUUCAGGACGAUUAGUAUCGUUUGUUUUCCCUAUAACCCUAUUAAUUUUUGUUUCAAGGACUUCUGAGUUUAAAUUUUGGUGGGGGUGAAGAAGGAUGUCAAUCUCAUCAUCGUUCGUUACUGUC